CUCAGGACUGCAUCUUCGCAUUGCCACAUCUCGACAUCAUAUUACACCAAGACCCAGUUCCCAUCAACCAAGAUGUCUCUCUCAGCAGGCGAAAUCAAACUUGUGAAAGACUCAUGGGCUCCUGUAUACGCUAACAAGAAAGAAAGUGGGAUUGCUUUAUUUGUAAGACUCUUCUCAGAGAACCCUGGAUUCCAAUCGCAGUUCCGUUAUCUGGAUGGUGUGUCUGGUCUUGCUGCCAUCGAGAAAACGCCAGCCCUGGCUGACCACGGUGUGAAGGUGAUGGAUACAGUCAAUUCAUGGGUCGGCAGUUUGGGAGAUGCUCCAGCAUUGGUGAAACAGUUAACAGCACUUGGCACUUCUCAUAUUGCCCUUAAAGUCACACCGGCGAACUUCGAUGCCAUGGGUCCAGUACUGUUGUGGACGCUUCAAGAAAAAGCAGGUGGUGCUUUCACUCCUGCUGCCAAGGACGCUUGGGCAAAGGGAUGGGACCUCAUGAAAUCCCACAUUGUCAAAGCUCUGCAAGGUUGAAAAUAACAACACCAGUUGUCAUUUAGCGCCGAUCGGGCGAUUUUAAUAUACGGAUAAUAAAUAUAUUUUUUAUAGCAAGCUGUUCUUGUAAAACGCGUAUGCAAAUGAGCGAUCGUCGCUUGAGUAUCUCUGUCCAUUGAAACUGAGUACAGUAUUUUAUUGACGUGUCUUUCUGUCAAACAUACAUACUUUAAACAUCCAUGUUAAGAUGUCUACAGAGAUACUGGGAUAGAUCACUUCUGAGUUUAGUGUUGCUCACGUCAUAGUCUGUUUGAUUACGUCACUAUAUGUUCGAGAGAUAAAAUGCUAGACUACGAACAAGAACGAACAAAUUUGGGAGUAGCUCGGACAUAAGUACAACGUGACACUGAAACACAGAUAGCAUUUUUCGUUCAUUUUCAUACGAAUGUGUUAUAUUCAUGGCAUAUAAUUCGAAGUUCAAAUCAAGUCUUACUUCUAAAAACUGAAAUAACAAGACAAUUUUUCUCAAAUUUACAAAUUACAAUAUAACAAAGCUUUUUGUGCACUGUCAAGUUUAAUAAAUAACACUAGAAUUAA